GCACGGUUUUCUCUUAAUGUUAAAAGAUCGAUGUCUCAUUUAGAAUAACUUUAUCGUCAAGAUGAAGUUCAAACGUUUAAAAUCCUUUUUCUCUCGACCCUUAUGCUUUGGUAGACGACGCAAGAAAGAAGAGAUUGAGUCUGUGAGUUUACUGUCGGACGCCUUGGCAAUCCACACGGCCAUGGCUGUGGCGAUAGCGAAUGGAGGACAACAGCGACCGCAACGUCCUCAAAGAUGUAGUACGGGAGCAGGACCAAAAUUCAAACUGAUCCACGAAGGAGACAUUCAAGUUUGUCGCCUAAACCAUAGCCGAACUUUAAUCAGCAAAGUGUUAAGUUCCAAAUUUCUAAGAAGAUGGGAAGCACAUCAUGUUUAUUUGGGAGACUUCCAAAUGUAUUCUGCCACGUGUGUGGGGUUCAUGGAAUGUCCUCUGUCUUAUCAAGAAAUACUGGAUGCAUAUACUGUGAACAGAUGGGACACUGGCCAGCAUUUCUGCAUUAGAGUUACAAUUCCAGAUGGCUCUGUAUUACUUAAGGCACCCAAUGCAUAUCUGAGAGAUCAGUGGCUUCAUUCAUUGAAAUGGAAGGUUAACUUGUUAAGAUAUAAAAGACUUAUAUCAAAAUCCAGUGAUCCUGAAGCUUUAACAAAGGAGCUCAGGGAACUUGUACUUUUCUCACUAACCACUCCAAUACAAGAUGACGUUAUAUUUACUGUUCCUUUGGAGAUGGUUUCGGAUAUCCUCGCACAUCAUUUCAUCUCAUUUUCUGAUGAGGAACAAGAAAACUUAAUAGUGGCACUUGCACCUGUUCUGGAAUAUGUUCAGCCUUCCCCUGAAGUUUGUGCUUUCUUUAGCAAGCAUUGCAAGGGCCAACUUUAUAAUAAUGAAGUACUAGAUGUCUUCCUCCCAGCUGUUCACAGAAUUCUUAAACAUAACAUGGAUUUUGGAAAAUAUCCACAUCUCAGAAUGUUUGUACAAGAUUAUAUUUAUACAUUGUUUUGCAAAGAUUAUGCAGAUGUUGUCAGAGAGUUUGUAGAGAGUGUUCACAGUCCAAGUGCCACCUGUCCACAUCCUCGUGUCCUUCCAAAUCUAGUUGCAGUUGUCCUCUCUGCAGUUUAUUCCACAUUUGAUCAAAGUGACAAGUUGCUUGUCAAGUACGAAGAAAUCAACACAAACUUUCUGCUCUGUUUCAUGACAGUCAUGGAUACCAUUGCACAGUUUGAAGACUGGAGACCCAAUCUAUCAACACUACUACAGCCCAUACCUUUCCCAAAAGAGGCUCUCAAGAACGAGACAUUUGUAUUGUACAUUAGUGCAGUGAUAAAAGCGUUUGCAGAAGAUCAACGGUGUGAGGUCCAUCAGUCCAUUCUUCCUGUCAGGAAAGGUAAAGAUGGCUGGAUCGACAUCAUCUGCCCAGGAGGAGUUUCUUGUUUUGAUGAAGGACAUUUUUUCUCCCACGUGAUGGGUCGCUUACUAAAUUGUUGUGGGAGGAGAAAAAAGAUUCUUUUGGAUCUCAAGGAGUCCAUGCUCGGCCCCUUUAUGCUGCUUGCGUUACGAGGCGACAGCAGUUUUAUUCAGACUUUGGCAUUCAUGUUAGAAGUUGAGGUUCUGCAAGACGAAAAUGAAAAAUUACAGAUCAUUUCUACAUUAGAAAGCACCGAAGAAGGCAAACUGUGUUAUGAAGCUCUGUGUCAGAAAAAAGCCAAGUUCAGACAGAUGCAGGAAAAGGGGGGACCAACAGUACUUACCCUUCCUACAAAAUCGACGGAUGACGACUUGGCCCGUCUUCUCAAGUCUGGUUCUUUUGGUAACCUUCAGAGCCUAAACCUUGCCUUCACACAUGUAACCAGCGCUUGUGCUGAAUACUUGGUUCAACUGCCAGCCCUGCUACAUUUAAACCUUUGGUCCACACAGUUUGGUGAUAAAGGCUUGCACAUGGUGGCAGAGCAGCUGCACAACUUAGAGUCACUGAACCUGUGUGAGACGCCCGUGACGGAUGACGGACUGUCAUCCCUCGUGAUCAUGUCCAGUCUUCGAAAUCUGAACCUGAACAGCACCAGACUUUCGCCGACAACAUACGAAAAACUUAAGAAAUUGCCAAGACUGGAAGAGAUCGAUGUUCGGUACACGGAUGUUUGACUUUUGGUGUACCUGUCUGCACACAAGCAGUAGAUGCAUCCGUGACCUUGUCAAGUUGAAUGAGUUUUACUCUCCUCCCCCCAGUUUCCAAGGGCCUGUGAGGCUGUCUUAACAGCUCAACCGUGAUUAUCUGUGGAGGACUGCACACAAGUACUUUCUUAAUAGAUCACCGAUCAUGUAACAUAGUUACCGUAUUUAGCUUUGAAACUUUAGAGUAGCUCCGAACUUGAU